ACCAUCAAUUUGCUUCUAAAACUGCAACCUGCACAAUUUAUUUCUAAGAAUGUAUUUUGCCAUUUAGUUUUUCUUCAAUAUUUUUUUAAGAAUCUUCCCCCUAGCAUUUAUCUUUACCAGCAGUUGUCAUUCUCAUUUUUGCUAAUUUGGUACCCAUUUAUGUACACACAUCUCCUUUUCGCUGAAGACGUCAGAGGUAAAGCCAGAACCCAAUGCUAUCCACGGGCGAAGCAGCCUAAAGCUCGUACCUGGUCAGGAGCUUUGAUUUUGUUCCUUCAUUUUGACUGGGUAGCAAAGGAAGAAGAAUAAUGCUUUGCCUGGGCACCCCAACGUGGAAGAGAUACAGUGGAGUGGGAACAAGGCUUGUGACUGCCAAGGGUUGCUCUGAUUUUUCCAAAAUUAAAAUUAAUAGCAAUGGCACCAGAGUGUUCAGAAGGGGCCGGAGCUUUUCCUUCACAUCAUAUUCUUCAAUUAAAAGCAAAUGCAGCUGCUCUUCUCUACCGCUCAAGCUAGCCACUGAUGGCAACGGAAAUUGUCGAAAUUCAAAGACUCUUGUAAAAGGAAUGACCUACAUUGAAUUGGAAGCUUGGGUGCUCUCACUUGGUUACAGGGCGAGCCAAGCUUUGAUGCUAUGGAAAUGCUUAUAUGGGAAUGGUACAUGGGCGCAACAUGUAGAUGAAAUGCAAGGUUUGAACAAGCACUUCAGAGAAGCAUUGGAAAAGACAGCAGAGUUCAGUGUAUUAUCGCUUAAAGAUGUUUAUUUUGCAGUUGAUGGCACUUGCAAGAUUCUAUUCAAUUUGGGAGAUGGGUUAGUUAUAGAAACAGUUGUAAUCCCAUGUAAAAGAGGGCGUACUACCGUCUGCGUGUCAAGUCAAGUGGGCUGUGCUAUGAACUGCCAAUUUUGCUAUACAGGAAGGAUGGGUUUAAAGAAAAAUUUGACUGCAGCUGAAAUGGUGGAGCAGGUUGUUUAUGCCCAUCGUCUUUUAUCGGGAGAGGUUGGUCCAAUUACAAAUGUUGUAUUUAUGGGUAUGGGUGAGCCAUUGCAUAACUUCGACAACGUAAUGAAGGCUGCAGAGAUAAUGCUCGACUGUCAUGGGCUCUAUUUCAGUCCUCACAAAGUGACAGUUUCCACCAGUGGCCUUGUGCCACAAUUAAGGCGCUUCAUUAAAGAAUCCCCUUGUGAACUAGCUGUUAGUCUCAAUGCAACAACAGAUGAGGUGCGGGAUUGGAUCAUGCCAAUUAACCGCAAAUAUAAUCUUGAUGUACUACUUACUACAUUGAGAGAGGAGAUCAGUCAAAGACAUAAAUACAAAGUUUUAUUCGAAUAUGUAAUGCUUGCUGGAAUUAAUGACAGUAUAGAGGAUGCAAAGAGGCUGGUGAAUCUUAUUAAAGGAAUUCCCUGCAAGAUCAAUCUUAUUUCAUUCAAUCCUCAUAAGGGGUCUCCAUUUGCUCCUAGCCCACAGGAACAGAUGCUUGCAUUUCGAAAUAUUGUUGCAAAUGCAGGAUACACUGUAUUUAUUCGUUAUAGUCGUGGUGAGGAUCAGAUGGCAGCUUGUGGGCAGCUCGGUCACCCUGGAAAUAGUCAACUUCCACUAAUGCAAAUUCCUGAAAGAUUUCAGGCUGUAAUAGCUUCCCAAUGAUAUAGAUUGCAUCUAAGUUAUAAAUAUGUCCUUAGUUUUCGUAAGGGAUUUUUGUAUUGCCCAUAUUUAUAUUCAUCCUAUCAAUUUUCACAUUUAGGAUGGUGUAACCAUAUGAUUUUGCAUAGAAAUAUUCCAGUCUUGUAAUUAUUCCAUGGCAUGUGCUUUGUUCAGUCUAGUAAAAUCUUCUGAUUAUAAUGCUUUUUGUUGUAUGUCA